AUGUCAACAUUUAAUAUUAGUGAUAUUGAUUCGGAGCUACUUUCAUCUUAUGAAAAAGCAAUAGGAGAACAAAUACCAAUUGAGGAUGAAGAUCAUAGUCCAAUUGAACAAAAAGCUUAUCAAAAUAUUAAACCAAUUGAUAUUAAAAAUGGACCCAUCAAAUUAAUAUUAGUUGGUGAUAGUGGUGUUGGUAAGACUACAUUUUUAAAACGUCAUAUAAUAGGCGAAUUUCAAAAAAGCCAUAUUCCUACGGUUGGAGUAGAACUAAGUAAUCUAAUUCUUUACACUAAUAUCGGCAAUGUUAAUUUUGAUAUUUGGGAUACUUGUGGUGAUGAAAAAUUUGAAGUAUUUAGACAUUUAUAUUAUGUUGGAAGUCAAUGUGCAAUUAUUAUGUUUGAUGUUUCUUCAAGAGUUUCAUAUAGGAAUGUACCAAGUUGGUUUAAUGAAUUAACAAAGGAAUUAGGUAAUAAUAUACCAAUUAUUUUAGUUGGUAAUAAAGUUGAUAUCAAAGAUCGUAAAGUUAAAGCAAAGGAAAUUAAUUUUCAUCGUAGUAAGAAUAUUCACUAUUGUGAAAUUUCAAGUAAAUCAAAUUAUAAAUUUGAAACACCAUUCAUUCAAUUAAUCAAAAUAUUAAGUGGUAAUGAUAACGUUCGUUUUGUUUCACCUCUUCCACUUUUACCAUCAGGAGAUGCAUUUUCAUUAGGAUUUGGUGGAUCAUCAAACACAGUAGCAGCAACAACGACAACAACAACAGCAUCAACAUCAACAGCAUCACCAUUUGGAUAUGGAUCAAUUACAAAAAUAGAAGAAGAAUUAUUUAGAUUUGGACCACCAAGUACGCCAUCAUUUGGAUCGGGAUCACCAACAGCACCAUCAUUUGGAUCGGGAUUUGGUGGAUCAUCAAACACAGUAGCAACAACAACAACAACAACAACAGCAUCAACAACAGCAUCAACACCAACAGCACCACCAGUUAGAUAUAGACCAAUUACAAAAAUAGAACAGGAAUUAUUUGGAUUGGUACCACCAAGUACGCCAUCAUUUGGAUCGGGAUCACCAACAGCACCAUCAUUUGAAUCGGGAUCAUCAAACACAGUAGCAACAACAACAACAACAGCAUCACCAUCAACAGCACCACCAUUUAGAUAUGGACAAAUUACAAAAAUAGAACAAGAAUUAUUUGGAUUGGUACCACCAAGUACGCCAUCAUUUGGAUCGGGUUCACCAACAGCACCAUCACCAUUAAGUUCACCGUUUGGAUUGGGAUCAUCAUCAUCAUCAUCAUCAUCAUCAUCAUCAUCAUCAUCAUCAUCAUCAUCAUCAUCAUCAUCAUCAUCAUCAUCAUCAUCAUCAUCAUCAUCAACAGCAUCACUAUUUGAAUUUGGACCACCACCAACAGCACCACCAUUUGAUUUUGGAACACCAAAAACAACAACAGCAGCAUCGCCAUCAAGUGCGCAAUUUUCAUUGGGAUUAUCAUCAUCAAAAAAUAAACCAUCAUUACCAGUAGUUAAAAAAUUUGACAAUACUAAAGAAAUUAAAUUAGUAUUAAUUGGAGAUGGUGGAGUUGGUAAAUCCACCUAUAUAAAUAGACUUUUAACAGGUGAAUUUGAAACUCAAUAUGUUGCAACUUUUGGUUGUAGUGUUCAUAAAUUUAAUUUUAAAACAACUAUUGGUGAUGUUAAUUUCAGUAUUUGGGAUAUGGCUUUUACUAGAUUACCUGGAGCUAUGAGAGAUGAUUAUAUGACUGGAGCGGAAUGUGCAAUUAUAAUGUUUGAUGUUUGUUCAAGAGAAUCAUAUAGAAGCGUUAACGAUUGGUUUAAUGAAUUAUUAAGAAUAACAGGUAAGGUGGUUCCAAUGGUUUUAGUUGGUAAUAAAGUAGAAUCAAUGGGUAAAAGAAUUAACCCAAGUCAGAUUAUAUUUCAUCGUAAAAAGAAUAUUUCAUAUUUUGAACUAUCGGUUAGAACAAAUUUUAAUCUUGAAAAACCAUUCCUCAAAUUAAUCAGACUUUUAAGUGGUAAUGAUAAUGUUGACUUAAUUCCAUCACCAGAUUAUCAUUUUCAUUUAACAUCCAAAGCCCAAGAUCAUGAAGAAAAAGAAAAAGAGGAAGAAAAAAAAGAAGAAAAAAAAGAAGAGGAACAAAAAGAAAAAGAAAAAGAGUCAUUUAAAAAUGAAAGUAUUGAAGUGGUUAAAACAAUACCAUUAACAUUUUAUAAUACAGAUGAUUUAAAUUCUGAUUUUAAAAAUUCUUUUUCAUUGUCUUAA